AUGGCGCUCGACACCUUCUUCAACAACAAGAUCGAGUCGAUGAAGAUGGAAAUCCUACAAGGGCAGGCGGUAUUGCGACGUCUCGAAGCACAGCGAAACGAAUACAACAGCCGAGUGCGACUACUGCGAGAGGAGCUGGGCCUACUGCAGCAACCUGGGAGCUAUGUGGGUGAGGUGGUCAAGGUGAUGGGUACCAAAAAGGUCCUGGUCAAAGUCCACCCGGAAGGCAAAUAUGUCGUCGACAUAGCCGAAAGCAUCGACGUCGCCAAACUAACCGCCGGCAAACGCGUCACCCUCCUAUCCGACAGCUACAAACUCUCCUCCCUCCUCCCCUCCUCUGUCGACCCCCUCGUCUCCCUCAUGAUGGUGGAAAAGGUUCCCGACAGCACCUACGACAUGAUCGGCGGUCUAGACGAACAGAUCAAGCAGAUCAAAGAAGUCAUCGAGCUAGGGCUCAAACACCCCGAACUCUUCGAAUCGCUGGGGAUAGCACAACCGAAAGGCGUCCUACUCUACGGCCCCCCCGGCACAGGAAAAACGCUCCUAGCUCGCGCAGUAGCCCACCACACCGACUGCAAAUUCAUCCGCGUCUCCGGGAGUGAGUUGGUGCAGAAGUAUAUCGGGGAGGGUAGUCGGAUGGUCCGCGAACUCUUCGUCAUGGCCCGCGAACACGCCCCUUCCAUAAUCUUCAUGGACGAAAUCGACUCCAUCGGCUCCUCGCGCGUCGAAGGCAGCAGCGGAGGCGAUUCGGAAGUCCAGCGCACCAUGCUCGAACUCCUGAACCAACUCGACGGCUUCGAACCCACGAAGAAUAUCAAGGUCAUCAUGGCGACCAACCGCCUCGAUAUUCUGGACCCGGCUUUGCUACGACCUGGACGAAUCGAUAGGAAGAUUGAGUUCCCGCCUCCUACUACCGAGGCUCGAGCGGAUAUUCUAAGGAUUCAUUCCCGGAGUAUGAAUUUGACACGGGGGAUUAAUUUGGUGAAGAUUGCGGAGAGGAUGACAGGGUGUUCCGGGGCGGAGUUGAAGGGGGUUUGUACGGAGGCGGGGAUGUAUGCGCUUAGAGAGAGGAGGGUGCAUGUUACGCAGGAGGAUUUUGAGUUGGCGACUGCGAAGGUGUUGCAGAGGCAUGAUGAUAAGGAGAUGAGUUUGAGUAAGUUGUGGAAGUAG